AUUUAUUCUAACGAUUAUGAAAAAACAAUAUACAUUUUGUAAUUUGAACAUUAUAAUUCAAACCGAUAUUAAUCGAUAAUGUUUUAGAUAUAAUUAUCACAAUGAAUGGAAUUAAACAACUAAUUCUUGUACUUUCAUGUUUGUUAUAUGUAAGUAUGACGUGUUGUUUCUAAGUAAAAGACAAAAACAUUAUAAAUGUUCUCUAUUAUUUAGGUGUUUCAAGUGGAGUCAUCAGAUGAACGUAAGUAAUAACACUAUGAUUCUCUAGAGGUGCAGAGAUUCACGCGUUUAUUGUUAACAUAAGAAUGGAAUGAAAAUAAUAUUCUUUAAAUUAAUUAACGAGUUACGAUUUUAUAUAAUUUUAUAUUAAUUAUGCCUAUUUUGAAUUGAGAUAAAAGACAUAUUUGAUAAAUCUUCAAUUUCAAAAAAUUUCCGAGUAAUAUUUUUUAUUUUUAGAAAUCCGUAAAAUGAUCGGCACAAUAAGAUAAUGGAGUAUGGCCACAUUCAGUACAAUAGCCAUGGAUUGAUUUUUGUAUCCUACAUCUAAAUGACUUUAACCUAAUUUAUACCUUUUUAAAUUUUAACGUUGUAAUAAGUUACGGCAUAUUUUUUUUUUUUUUGACCUUCUUCUAAGUUUGGCACGUAAUGAUGAAGAAUUAGAGAAAGGUUGAAGACUGUUGUUCUUAAAUUCUUUUAUUAAGAGUUUAUUAAUGUUAUACCCACAUCUUUUCUCUUAGUCCAGCUACCAGAUAACAUGCAAAAAGAAUGAUUAGGCAGAAUAAGAAAAAAACUAUCUUAAUUUUUAUUUUGGAUUAAAUCACUUAUGAUAAAAUGUAUAGAAAAAAAUAUUUUAAGAAGAACAUUUUAGUUGCGUUUUUUCAUGGUUUUUUGCAAGUAAAACGGAAAAUACGGAUAUAUCGUUCACAUAAGAUAAUUUGAAUUCUACAAAAAUAUAAAGUUGUUGUUAUUAAAAUAACCGUCACCAUAGCUAUUUAAAAGGCUGUAUGACGCUAUUAGGUUAGUUUUGGCUAUUUAGGGUCGGAAAUGCGUUAAAUUAUUUAAUGAUUUGACAAUGCCAAUUUUAUUAAUAAUAUAAUUAAAACUAAUUAAUUAUUUAUAUUUAUAUACUUACAUUUUUUUUUUCAAUUCAGAUGAUGAUAAACAUGAAGGUAUAAAUCAGAUUGCAUUGGGAGAUGAGAAUGAAGAACUGACACCCUGUAAGUUAUCAUACUACUAAUAAAAUAUACGUGAAAACCUAUUUUACCGUUCAAUGUUUAAUUUUAUUUACCUAAUUAUUUAAUAUAGGCUAUAAAAUAAUAUUAUUUAAAAUAUUUCUUUGAUAACAGCCACAUAUUAUAUAUUUGGUUUUUAAAUUUGUUUACCUAUUGAAAUCAGGCCUAACCUAAUCUAUCUUUUUCAUUUUUUUUUAAUAGUAAUGAUCCUUUAAAUGUAUCCGUGGUUAUAGUAAAAAACAUCCAAUUUUCGCAUAUUGGUUGUACCUAAAAAGUUUCAAAUUUAAAUUUAAAUCCGAAAGCGUAUUUUAAUUUAAAUAUAACAUUUUAUUUUUAGUACAAGGCGAGGGAUAUAUUGGCUUAAUCUGAUGUUUACUUUUUAUUUUAUUUUUAAAUGGGUUUUUAAAAUAAUUGGAAAUAAAAGUAUUGCCGUAUUAUCUUUAUUAUUAAUAUAGCCAAUAUUGUAUAACGGCAAGCAACGACAUCACAGAUGUCAUGGUUAUUCAAAUUUGUAAACUAUAUUUUCUACCAGAUAUCUAGCUCCAAUUGAAUAAUUAACGGGGAUCGAUUUUGUUCAAUCCAAUAUCCAGCCACUGACAGAAAAAGCCUUUUUUUAAUAUUUAAAAUAGUUUAAAAAAUAAUUUGGAAGAACCAAAAAGGACGAAAAACACGAUUUUUUUAAAAACAAGGCUAACGAUUUCACUAUUUGAAAUGUUUAGGAUUAAAUUUUUCUACCAGAUAACUAUGAAAUUCAAGAAUUUUUUUAAUAUUUUAACUUUCAUCAUGUUGAUACUUUAAAGAUGCAUAUAUUAGACUUAAAUUUUAAGUUUACAAUUCCGCUGGUACAUAUAUAUAUAUAUUAAACUCUUUUAAGUUUUCUACAUUCUUGAGUUCCUACUUAUAAUAGGGAACGCCCCAAUCUCAGUAUCGACUCUUUUUUCAAAAAAUGUUUAACUAAGUUAUAAAUGUAUUGCUUAUUUUAGUGGCGGGUCAUUUGAUAUACGAAUGGUGGAGUUCUAUACCUUUGGAUUACAUGAAGUACCGAGAAAAUGGUACGUAUAUUAAAUACAUUACAAUAAACUGAGUCAAUAAUAGUAAUUUUACAAAAUUCUAAUACAAAUUGGUACUUAUUAACUCUGUAUUUAAAAUUUAUAGACCCGAUUAUCUACAAUAGUAAUGUAGAAUAAUUGUAUCUUACAAGAAAUACCUCGUGUGAAUUUCUUUCGUCCAAUUUUAAUUUAUUUUGUUAAUGAGUGCCCAUCGCAUUUAGAUUUUUUAGACAUAAUGAAUAUUGUUGAUGAUAUGAAUAUAAUAACUUUAUAUACAUAUUUUUAUUAUUUAUUGCAUGAUACGAAAGGGAAAAAAGAUCAUAGUGGUGAACAUGACAAAAAUUCAAAAGAAAACACAUCAUCCGGUAAGUUAUAAAUAGACUAUAACUGAUAGACUUGUAACAGAUGAAUAUUGUCGGAUUCUAACUCAAAUAUUUUUACAAUAUUAGGAUGUGAGCUGGUAUAUUAUUUUCCACUGAUAUUUUCUGAAAAUAGUUUAAAUUUUUAUUCAGAAAUUUGAUUUUGUUUUUAUAUAUAUAAAUAUAUGUUGGUAUUAUUGAUUUCAUUUUUCCCUUGGUUAUACGGGUUGGUUAUUAAAGAAUAUUAGUAACAUUCAAUCCGCAAAACAAUAAUCUUAAAAGAAAUUUAAACAUGUGUACCUAUGAAUUAAUUCAGUUGUCACGGGCAAUAUCGUUUUGGAGGUUGACUUGUUAAAACGAAUAAUUAAGAAAACAGGGACAAUAUUUUCUUAAAAAUAUUAAGUACUAUACAUAUUUGUAUUUUAAUGUUACCAAAGUCAAUCUCUGAAAACUCAAUCCAAACAAACAAAAUAAAUACAAAUUGUAUUAAUUAUUCAUUAUAAAGUAUUCUUUUCUUUUUCAUGUGUGUUACACUGGCGUAAAAAAAGAUCACAGUCUACAAAACAAAAUUUUUAAAGAUCAAAUAACAGAAAGUAAGUUACGUUACUGUUUUAAUUCCAUUGUGUGUACAAUAUCAUAAAGUGAGCGUAUACAAUUUUUAUUUCAAUGCAAUUUCUUGAAAAUGGUCUUAACUAUUAACAUUUCUCCUAUUAGCACUUUUUUUUUUACAUUUUUAUAGAGGGUCUGAAGUUGUUACGUGAUUGGUGGUUGGAAAUGCCAAUCUUUCAAGUGUCGAAGACAAAAUUCACUCCACAAAUGUAUAAAGACUAUAUUAGUAAGAAAGAUUAUUUUAUAUACGUUAAAAACGGCUUGUAAUAUUAUAAGUAUAACGAAAGUUUGUACGUAUAUUUUUUAUUGAUAACGAUUAAUUGAUUUAUUUGAUAUCGUCGGUCCAGGAAAAGUGUACGGCAUCAAUUACUUACGCGUUUUAUUAAAACAAUUUUAAAUUUGAACAGAAUUGAACAAACCAUUAUUUUAGAAAAUUAAUGAUCAAAUAAUAUAAUAUUCACCUAUGUCCUUAGUUGUCCCUUUACAUUAAUUUUGUCAUUUGUAACUAUAAACAAAUAAUAUUUUUUUAAAUACUUGUAUACGAUCUAAUGACAUCAUAGGUGCGACUAGGCAACUAUCAUUGGGGGUGUUUAGUUAUAGACGCAUCACAGAUCCCAUGGUUUGUGAUGUGAAUGGGGCCAUCAUCUCAACAAUGUUCCUUAGACGACGUAUAAUAAACAAUUAUACAUUUAAUUUACAAAUUUGUUUAAAAAAAUAUAUCGUAACUUUUUAACUUUAUUUUUUAUAUACAAGUUAUCAUCAUUAGGUAAAUGGUAAUAUGUUAUGAUAAUGUAAAAUGACUGUAAGGAUUCAUAUUUAGUCAACACUAUAAAAAAAACUGAUUGGAUCAUUAUAGAGAAUUUAAGUAUAAAUUUGGGGGCGCUCUAGAUCUUCUAACUGAAUAAUUUUCAAUCAAGUAAUAUCAUCUUAAAUACAUAUCUUCAUAAUGGUUUUCAUUAUAUUCUGUGAAUCAAAAGAUCAACAAACAAUUAGGCAUACGAUUACACAAGGUUAUUGUUAUCGUUGAUAACAAUACUAUUAUUAGUGAUAUUAACAAAUUUUAAUACACUAAUCUGUUGAAAUAAAAUUAUGAAAUUAAACAAACCUAUAUAAUUUUUAUUAUGAUCAUAUAUAAUAUUAAAUUUUCAUUUGUUUUUCUAGAUAAAGGUGAACUCCCUGAUUAUAUGAAAAAUAAUGAUAAUUCAAAUGCUAUUGUUCCGGUUCCGGUUAUUCCUCGGUCUCGUUCUUCAAGCUUCAGAAAUAAUUACCGUAAUCUCAUUUUAUUUUUUUUAUUUUUUUAAGUAUUAUUAUUAAUAAUUUAAAAAUCAUAUUAUUGAAAUAAGUUUUUCGUAAGAGUACUAGUACAUAGAAACUACAAAGGUGUCCGAGGUGGUAUGAUACUUGGAGACAACGGUUCUUCCUUAUUAUUAUUGUUACUAGAUUUUCCGCACCCAGCGUUGCUCGUGCCAUUUGAUUAUUAUAUUUUACCUAUAUUCAUUUUUGAAAUUUACCUGGGUAAGAAUUGAAUGAAAACAAAUCGGUGGAAAGUGGGUAGACUACCUUUGGCAGAAUAAAUGUGAUCAAUUGUGAAAUUUUCAUAGUGUAAAUAAUAGUAAUAACAAUAAUUAUAUUUGUUUUAUAUACCGUAACACUAUGUUAAUUCUAGAAUAAUAAAAAAUUAUAAAUGUACAAUCAGAUAUUCCUACCGAGUAUAUCCAAAAACCACUAAUAUACCCCUUUAGGAGUUGAAUAUUCAAAAAUCUCUUUCUUAGCGGAUUCCUACGUCCCAAUAGCUAUCUGUAGUUACCAAUAUAUAACUUCAAAAUACACUCAAAGUCUAGUUUUCUCAAACAAUUAUAUUUUAUAGAAUAGUUUUAGAUCAAUUUGGAUAAUAUUUUAAUACAUUAAAUAUUGUUUUUGAAAAUAAUACUUAAUAAUAUAAUCUGAUAAUUUAUAAUGGGCCCAUACAGCCUAUAGACCGGAUUACCUCCAAGAAGCGCCAUAUCCAGCCAAUGAAGAAUAUCCAUAUAAUCCUAGUAGUUCUAGUUAUUAUGACGAUCAACCUCCACCAAGAAUAAUAAGUAAAUCUGUUCGCUCUUAUAGAAGCAGAUACUGAUGAAAAAAUUAAUGUAAGUAAAUGCAUACAAACUUUAUAAUUAGAGAUCAAUCAUUUCUUAAAGUCUAAAAAUCAUAAUUUUUCUACUGGAAUCGCCGAUGUGUGUUAAUAAUUUACAAAAGCUCGACACCGUUUUUAAUCAUAUGGUAAUCGGUUAGAAGCUUUUAGAACGAUUUUUAUGAUAAAACGGUUUAUUUUAAUCGAUUUGGGUAGACUUAAGAGAUACCAUAUUUGAUUAUUGUGUACCAAGUACUUGAUUAUUUUUUGGCGAUCCCGAGUUUGAGGUCCUUUGGUCCAAAGGUAACCUCUAAAAUUUUAAAAUCUAGAUAAUGCUUCAUCCAUUCGAAACUCACUUGAAAAUUAAAAUACCUAUCGAAAAAGAAUCAACGUACAAUCAAUAUAGAUUAUUGUAUUACCUUUAGGUUUAAUAACAAACGUACAUAUAUAUAAUAACAGAAACAAUGCAGUACAAUAAUUAUAUUUUAAAAUCUCGAGUUACCUUGUAAUACUAAUAAUACAUUUUAAUGAACAAAUAUUGUAUAUUCUAAAAAUUGUAUUUUUUUAUUAUAACGAUAAAAUAAUAUGUGACACAUAAAAAGAUAAAAUAUAAUUAUUUUGUGGAUAAUUUUAGUUUUAUUUUUAGACCGUUGACCAUUGAAAUCGACAGAAAAUUUAAAAUGAGCUGAAAUAAUGCAAAUUAUUAUAUUUUUCAAUAGUUUAUAAAAUAUGCGGUUAUAGUUCAAACAACUUUAAGUGAUAUGAAGACAUCUAUGUCACAGUUUAUUAUGUUAUAUUUUAAUAAAAACGAAUUCAUACAUAUGAUAAAUAUAUAAUUACAUAUUUCUCUGUUUUAUCAAAUUCUAAAAAAAAAAUUAUAAUAAUGUUAUUCAUAUAAUGUAUGUAAAUAUAUAAUCAAUAAUAAAAUGAUGCAUUGUAGU